GAAAACCAGUGGAUAAAGAUAAAGCGAAAAACACCCACCUUCUCUCUCUCCCUUUCUCUCUCCUCCUCCUCCUCGCGAUCCAAUACCCCCAAAACAAUUUUUAUAUAUUAAUUUUUCCAAUUUGGGUUUCCUCAAAAAUUAAUUAAUAUAUAAAAAAAAAUAAAGCUUUUGUUAUAAUAUAUAUACCUAAUAAAUUAAUCUUGCUGACGAGGAUGCUUUUCAUUUUGUGAGAGUUUGGGAUUUCCAGAUCCAUAUAGCUUUCUCUAACCCUCAAUCUCAAAAAGGUGGGAAAUUGUUAGAAAGAACAUGUCCCAAUACCAAGCGGAUGAUGCUGAAUACAUGGCGGAUGAAUAUGAAAUGGAAGAUGUAGAUGAUGAGAUGGAUGAUGAGUUUCGUGGUAGAGACAUGGCUGGCUCAGAGUCUGAUGUUGAUGAAUACGACCACGGGAAUAGCAAAGCAGCUGAUACUACUGCUGCUCAAGCUAGAAGUGGGAAAGAUAUCCAGGGAAUCCCUUGGGAUAGGCUUAGCAUCACUAGGGAGAAAUACCGGCAAACUAGGCUUGAACAAUACAAGAACUAUGAAAACAUCCCUCAGUCUGGAGAGGGGUCUGGGAAGGAUUGCAAAGUUACAAAGAAAGGGGGUUCAUAUUAUGAGUUCAGGCGGAAUUCAAGAUCUGUGAAAUCAACCAUUCUUCAUUUUCAGUUGAGGAACUUGGUUUGGGCUACCUCAAAGCAUGAUGUCUACCUUAUGUCUCAUUUUUCUGUCGUCCAUUGGUCCUCCUUAAAUUGCAGCAGGCAAGAAGUUCUGAAUGUCUCAGGGCAUGUCGCGCCAUCAGAGAAACAUCCUGGAAGUUUGUUGGAGGGAUUUACCCAGACUCAAGUGAGUACUCUCUCUGUAAAAGAUAAGCUACUAGUUGCUGGAGGAUUCCAAGGAGAACUUAUUUGUAAGCAUCUGGAUCGGCCUGGAGUUAGUUUUUGUUCCAGGACAACUUAUGAUGAUAAUGCUAUCACCAAUGCUGUCGAGAUUUACGUCAGCGCCAGUGGUGCAGUUCACUUUACAGCUUCAAAUAAUGAUUGUGGAGUUAGAGACUUUGAUAUGGAGAAAUUUCAACUUACUAAGCACUUCCGGUAUCCUUGGCCAGUGAAUCAUACUUCUCUGAGUCCUGAUGGUAAACUUCUUACAAUUGUGGGAGACAACCCAGACGGUAUGCUGGUGGAUUCCCAAACUGGAAAGACGGUCAAGUCCUUGUGUGGGCACUUGGAUUUCUCAUUUGCAUCAGCAUGGCACCCUAAUGGUCUCACUUUUGCAACUGGAAACCAGGACAAAACCUGCCGGGUUUGGGAUGUCCGAAAUUUAUCCAAGUCAGUCGCUGUUCUGAAGGGCAACCUUGGAGCCAUUCGAUCAAUACGCUAUACUUCUGAUGGUCAGUAUAUGGCAAUGGCAGAGCCUGCUGACUUUGUACAUGUCUAUGAUGCAAAAAAUGGAUAUGAGAAGGAACAGGAGAUUGAUUUCUUUGGCGAAAUAUCUGGCGUAUCAUUCAGUCCAGACACAGAAUCUCUUUUUAUCGGAGUGUGGGAUCGUACAUAUGGUAGCCUCCUUGAGUAUGGUAGAUGCCGGAACUACUCAUACCUUGAUUCUCUAAUUUGAGUUUAAUGUGAAACCUGCAAAUAAGUGUGUUGGUGUUGCUGAUUACCUUUCAGCAAAAUUGAAAAACCUAGUAUCAUAUCAUGCAGUUGGAAAAGGGGGUAGUUGUAUAUUUUUUAUGUUGUGCAAUGUAGCAAAGUUGUUCUCUUUUGGUGUAAGUCUGGAUUUUCAUCAUAAAGUGUGUAAAAGGGAGGAAAUGUAAAGAAGGCUAGAAGGCAACGAUUGUGGCAACAAGGGAAAAGAAAACCAGUGUGUCUUAGGGUAGAUGGCUGGCUACUAUCCUUCAUGUAUGUUAGAAAUUUACUUUAUGAGAACCGAGCUUUGUGGUGCUUACCAAAGAUGUGGGCUGCUUUCUUUCUCAUCAUCCCAAAUGUUGGUUCUUUCAUCUCCCAAUUCUGACUUCAGUAUAGCUCAGUGUGUACCCAAUCUUGUGGUGCUUACCAAAGAUGUGGGCUGUUUUCUUUCUCAUCAUCCCAAAUAUUGGUCCGUCAUCUCCCAAUUCUGACUUUCAAUAUAAUAGCUCAGUGUUCCCCAUCUUGAAUUAGGUUCGCUUAGACCAGCUGAAUUCCUUUUGAAGGAGCUCAGCUUUACUAACCUAUUUUAUAUCUUGGUCUCGUGUUUUGUAUGGAUAUAUGGUUUAGAAAUAUUUCCUUUUCCCUAUAAUAAAAAUGUAAGCAUUGGUUUGAAUCA